AAAAAUCUACAAAUGGACUUUUAAAUUCGAAUUUUGGACUUUCCCGCUCAAAAUUUUUGAAUUUCAAAAUUCAAAAAGUAUCAGUUAUGACACGUGUCGGAAACUGAGCGCGGCCAGUCAAGUGUCCCUUUGUCUCCCCAGGUGCAAUGAUGGCGCCGCCUGACGCGGCGCGCCCUGACUUGGAGGAGAGUCUGGAAAAGCUUCUCAGAGGGGAUCCCUACACCGGUCAGAUGUACCACUAUGGUGGUUGGCUCUGGCGCACCCAACCGGGUGGCGAGGGUACCUCCCAAGCCCAUGAAGCAGCGGGGCACGGGGUACCCUCCCUGGGCGACACUGCGGAGGCUGGGGGCCCAAGUCACCCAGGUCCUUCGGCAUCCCUAAGACGGCCGGCGGCUCCUCCUCUGCAGCCCCCAAAACUGUACCGGUGCAACAGGAACCGGUGGAGAUCAAUUCCGAGGAGGAAACUCUUCCGAUCGGAGGACCGGUCAGGCUGGGAGGACCACGGCAAACCCUCCUCUGGACAAGGGGAAGGGGAAGGUCCGGACGAAGCACGCCGCCACCACCCAUCCCUCGGCCAAGAGGAGGAGGGGAGAAAAUGUCCCGGCCUCAGAUUUGCUAGAGGAGCUCUGGGUAAAGAUGGGGCAGAAACUGAAGGAGGCGAGGUUGGGCCCGAGACCUUGGAGAGGCUCGCCGAGGACUCCCCUCCCCGGUCAUCCCAGCUGGAGGAGAAGCUGAAAGGGGUCGAGGCCCACAACCGGGAGCUGCAGGACUUGAUAGCCCGACAGCUCGAUGAAAUGGCCAAUCUUUCAGCAAUUGCCGGGAGGGCCAAGGCAGAGACCCUCCAGCUGAAGGAGGAGAACCUGAAGCUGGCGGAGGACCUGGAGCUUAAGGAGCGAGAGUUCCCCGGCAAGGCCAAGCAAUGGGUGGGGGAAAACUUGGAGGAAACGGCCCGGGUGAUUACUUCUACCCCGGAGGUGACGAUGGAGGCCUUCAAGUUUAUCUACCGGGAACCCAACGGGAAGGAAAUGGUCACCCAGUCUGCCAUUGUCGACCUCCUCAAGAGAGAGAAGAAGUUAGCGGAUGAAGAAGAAGAAGAUGAAGAGGAGGAGAGGUGGAUGAAGCAUUACUCUUCGCUUCAUCAGAUUCUGCUUGUGGGUGAUGGAGAUCUCUCUUUCUCUCUGUGUCUGGCUAUGGCGUUCGGAUCUGCUUCGAAUAUUGUCGCUUCUACCCUCGAUUCCUUUGAUCAGGUGACGAAAAAGUACAAGAAUGCAAAGUCUAACAUAGAGAAAUUGGUAGAUUUAGGAGCCACCAUUUUGCAUGGAGUGGAUGCUAUCAAAAUGAAGCUUCAUACCGACCUCCGGAUGCGAAAAUUCGACCGCAUUAUAUUUAAUUUUCCCCACGCCGGUUUCCAUGGAAAGGAAGACGCCACGCGGCUAAUCCAAAUGCACCGGAAACUAGUCAGUGGAUUUUUCCAUAGUGCAAGUGGGAUGCUCCGACCGGACGGGGAAAUUCAUGUGAAUCACAAAACAACUGCGCCGUUUUGCCACUGGGAUCUCACCGGUCUGGCGUCCAACAGUUCUCUGGUUUUGUUUGAGUGCGUUGAUUUCCGAAUCACUGAUUACCCAGGCUACAACAAUAAGAGAGGGGAUGGCCCGAGAUGCGACGACCCUUUUCCAUUGGGUCAGUGCAGCACAUUUAAGUAUGUGUUCUCGCCCCACGCAAAGAAAAUUCCUAAUCCUUCUAGGCAGCACUGUGGAUUUGCUGCUGCUCAAAGGCCUCCAAGAGUCCAAGCAGCAGUAUCUCCUUACGCUACAUUUGGUGGUCAAUAUUCUUCUCCCAAUGCCUACGCCGUAACAAACAACAAUCUAGAUCACAAUGCUGCAUUGUUCAAACCCUCCUUGCAGAACGAGUGCUUUCGGUUCUUUGGCGCGUAUUUCAAUCAUGCCAUGCAAACAUUUGGAAUGGUGGACCGUGACAUCCACUUCUCGGUUCACCAAGGGUUGGAACAUGCUUACAAUAUAUACACGGGCGAAAACCGAGAAAGGGGCUUGAGUGGGUACAUAUAUCUCUUGGAGCAACUUCACCAUCUGAGCCAAUUGAGAUCAGCUUGGUUAAGGAAGAAUCUUUUUCUCAUCGACCACCACCACGUCCACCACCACCAGCCGCUGAUGUGAGGGCGCCUUGCCAUCAUCUCUCCAAGUGGCGCAACGGUCUUCUGUUUGCCAUUGACCAUUGUUGUGUAAGAUUACGAGCAGUGACUACUAUAGACAAUGAUGGGUGGCGUAUCGCAUCAGUCUCAUGCGAAAAGACUAUAUUUUGUCAACAAAAUCUCCAAACAAUAUGCUUUGGAUUGUUUUGUUUUCCACCAUUUGUACACGUGAUUCAACGUUUUGCCAAGCUAAUAGGGCUUGAAAUCGCUUCAAGACUAAUCCUCUUGGGGGCAAAGUGGCAAACAAUAGCAUGGCAAAAUCUUUUU